UUUGAGCUUUGGCGGGCGCACGUGCUGCCCGCGAGUAAUUUUUUGUUGUUGCCGCAGCCACCCGUUGCUUGGUCAGGUUGCUAUGAGUUUGCCCCUCAAUCCAAAGCCCUUCUUAAACGGGCUGACUGGGAAACCAGUGAUGGUGAAACUGAAGUGGGGAAUGGAAUACAAAGGCUACCUCGUCUCCGUCGACGGCUACAUGAAUAUGCAGCUUGCAAAUACAGAAGAAUAUAUUGAUGGUGCGCUAUCUGGACACCUUGGUGAAGUUCUGAUAAGACUUGAAAGUCUGGAUUUUCUGUGAGUGUUUUGCAUAUCACCAUGAACAUUUACAGGUGCAACAAUGUCCUUUAUAUAAGGGGUGUGGAAGAAGAAGAAGAAGAUGGAGAAAUGAGAGAAUAACUAUUUUUUGGAAAAGGUUUUUUUAAAACUGUUAAGAAGUUUGUUUGGAUGUUUUCUUAAAUGUAAAGUUUUGUCAUCUGUUCUAGUAACUUUUUUUUCUGGCCAAAAAUAAAUAUUGUUGCUGAAGAAAAAGAAUCCCUAUACAUGAAAAAUAAAGAUGCUAUUUCUGACA